GCUCUGUCAAUGGAAACUUGGACAAGAAGCCCUGACUAACCGAGUCCCCAUCACUAACCAAACUCACUUAAAUCGCUUAUUUAACUCGUUUCCUGUAUUUUUCUAUUAUUAAUGUCCUCUGAAAAGUAAAGAGAGUACCGAAGAGAAGACCAAAGACUUGGCAAAACCUCUUCUGUUUUUUUAUCGCACACAUAAAGUCUUCUGCAUCUCUGCUUAUUGCACAGUCCUUAUCCCUAUCUCUCUCGAAGUAUUUCAUUGUAGGGAUUGGGAGUAUAUUGAUUUAAUUUGGACUGUUAGAUCAGAUUUCAGUCUUCGGCGCUUGGUUUUCCGGUGACUUUGUUUCUUCUUUUUAUGGGUUCUUUUUUGGGUUUUGAGGGCACUGGGUUUAAUGAUUGAGUUUUUUCGAUUAAUGUGAGUUGUUGUCAAAUACAGUCAUGAGAGCUGGCAGGUGGGUAAAAGAAAAAAGAGGGAUAUUGACUGGUUGCUGAUGAGAACGGGGGAAAGGAGAAACUUUUUAUCAACAAAUUCUUUUUGGAAUCCUGAGAUAUCUGGCCUAAAUUUUCCCAAGGAACGCUUGAAGCCAAUCAGCAUGCUGGUUGAUUUGGAUAAUUCCUCUACAGCUUCUGGGGAGGCCAGUGCUUCCUCCUCUGGUAAUCAACCUCCACCACCGAAAUCCACUGCCACUAAAACGAAGCGAAACCUCCCCGGCAUGCCAGAUCCAGAUGCAGAGGUGAUUGCUUUGUCUCCGAAAACCCUCUUGACCACGAACAGAUUCGUCUGUGAAAUUUGCAACAAAGGCUUCCAAAGAGACCAGAAUCUUCAGCUUCAUCGGCGUGGACACAAUUUACCAUGGAAACUGAGACAGCGAUCGAGCAAAGAAGUGAAGAAGAGAGUCUAUGUAUGCCCCGAGGUGACCUGUGUCCAUCACGAUCCGUCCAGAGCUCUGGGCGAUCUUACUGGUAUAAAGAAGCAUUUCUGCAGAAAACACGGGGAGAAGAAGUGGAAAUGCGACAAGUGCUCUAAGAAAUACGCGGUGCAGUCCGAUUGGAAAGCUCACUCAAAAAUUUGCGGCACCAGAGAGUAUAAAUGCGAUUGUGGCACGCUGUUUUCGAGAAGGGAUAGCUUUAUCACGCACAGAGCGUUUUGUGAUGCAUUGGUAGAGGAGAGUACUAGAGCCCAAACUCAUUCUCAGAGUCGUAAUCUUCAAAAUCAGACAGCUCCAGUAAAUCCAAAUCCGGAACCGGAGGCCAAGGUCACCCAAUCGCCUCCUCUACCUUCAGUUCCAGCCACUGCAACUCCUGCUACAGUCCCAUCUCCUGUUUCUCAGUCAACUGAUGCAUCAUCCUCUGUUUUGCAAAUUCAAAGUCCGGUGCCUGAAAAUCCAACUCAAAUUGUUGACGAAGCACCGGCACCAGCAACAGCAACAACAACUGGCUUGAAUGGAAGCUGUAGCAGCAGCACCAGCUCAGGCAACAAUGGGAGCGCCAGCAGGAUUGCAUUUGCAAGCUUGUUUGCUUCCUCAACAGCUUCUGGGAGGCAUGGGAGCCUAUUACAUCCUCCUCAAGUUCCUGCCUUUACUGAUCUAAUGAGAUCAUUUGGACGUCCUGAUCACACACCAUCUUCGUCUGCAGAACCCAUAUCUUUAUGCCUUUCCACCAAUCCCGGGUCGUCCAUUUUUGGGACCAGUGGACAGGAAAGAAGGCAAUAUGCAUCGCCACCACGGCCAGCCAUGUCUGCCACUGCCCUUCUACAAAAAGCUGCUCAAAUGGGUGCGACAGCAAGUAAUGCUUCAUUGCUUCGUGGACUUGGGAUAGUCUCUGCUUCUUCAUCGGCUGCACAGCAAGAUAUUUUGCAAUGGGGCCAACGACAAGUAGAUGCUGAGAACGUCACAAUUGCUGCAGGACUUGGACACGGGAUUCCUUGUGAUGGGAGCUCAGGUUUAAAGGAAUUGAUGAUGGGAACUCCUGUGUUUGGCCCCAAACAAACAACUCUUGAUUUGCUUGGACUGGGAAGGGCUGCAGGUGGCAACCCCAACGGAGGUUUUUCUGCUUUAAUUACAUCUAUCAAUGGUGGCCUUGACGUUGCAGCUGCAGCGGCAUCUUAUGGAGGUGGAGAAUUUGCUGGUAAGGAUAUUGGAAGAAGCUCGUGAUAUGAAGAAUACCUUCUCCAUUUGUACAAUAUAAUACAGGUCAUCUGGUUCUAGAUAAUGGUGUAGCAGAAGAAAAGCAGUUUAAGAUAAAAUGUUGCUAGAAAUGUUGUCUCAGUGUAGCCAAGUAUGAAAUCUUCAUCGGCAACCAAGCUUUUUUGAUGUUUUGUCGGAUUGGUUUUGGUCGAGAAUUUAUCCGGGUGUCAUCGAUCUUACAUAGGCUCAAAUCCGGAGACCCUUUACUUCUCUUGCUCCUCUAAAAUCUCUGGGGAUGGAAUGAAGAACCUGUAAGUGUUUUGAGGCCCACAGAGCUGCAUUUUGUGUUAUCACAGUGGGAUAAAUUGUCAUCAUCACUUGUUUUGUAUGUUUAGGCCUGUAGAAAGCUGUAAUUGGCAAGGUGAAGAUCAGAUGUAUAUUUUCCUGCUGUCUCGAUGUCGAUGGAUUAAGUUAGAUCUUCUAAUUUAUCUUGUUUCUCCUUCCCUGCCUCCUAUCAACUACAUUCCACUAUGGUAUUGUUGCAGUGCAGUUUUAAUGCUAAGAAUACAUUCAUGUAAGCAGUUUUAUUCACUUUUACAGUACCA